AUGUUUAAACAUGCUGGCACUUCAGAGAACAAAGCCUUGAUCGAAGUCAAUGUCCAUCAUCUCAACAUCAAUAUCUCUGUUCCCAAUUGUGAAGUCAUGAUCGUCUUCCAAAGAGGAGACAGAAAAGCACAAACUCAACCAGUCCAAUUGGUGAACAAGUGUGCCCGAAUCGAACAAAUACUUAGAGUCCCUGCUACCAUGUAUUACGAUGUGAAACAAAAAGAGUACCAAAAGAAAAUGGGCACAUUAAUCGUCCUCAUCAGGUACGAUAAAGGAAUGAAGAAUGCAGGCCAAAUUGAAAUUGAUUUCUCCUCCUACUUGAAUCAAAGAAAGGGCAAGAUUGACGAACUCUCUCCGCUCUCCAAAUGUCCUGAUCCCAAUGCUACACUCUCAUAUACAAUCAAUUUCUUGAGUCAAGAGCAAAGAUCUAAAACUCCAGAAGCCAACAUUAAUAAUAUUAGGGAAGAUCAAUCCAAAGCUCAAAUCACUUAAUUAGACCAGCAAAAUAAACAGAUGAAAGAUGACAAUACUAGAUUAUAAGAGGAGGUUGAUCAUUUAAGAGUUUAAAAUAAAGAAUAAUAGAUCUACAUACAAUAGCUAUUAAAUCAAAUCAAAUAAACCUAAGUAACCUAACUCAAUUCAAAUUCAUCUAAACCCAUUUCAGACACUUCAACAGUACAACCAGAAGACUGUCAGAAAUGCAUACAAUUUCAAUUAGAAUUAGGUAUCUAUUAUCAAAUUGAUAUGGUAGAAUCAUUUAAAAAAUAAAAAAAAACUAAGCCACUCCCUUGUGAUAAAUGUUCAAAUCUAGAGUAACAAAUUGAACAACUCAAAAAACAAUACUCUCAAGGAUUGAAACAAGAAAGCACUGACCAAAAAUUUGAGUUGCUCAAUUAAGCCAACACUGAUUUGAAGGAAUAAUUAUAUGAACUUGAAUAAUAGGUAGCUAGAAUUAGGAAGGAGAAUCAGGAUCUUAAAAAUAAAUUAACCAUUUAAAACUAAUAACUAAUUGAUUGCAGAGAGAGAAUCUCUGAACUCGAGAAUGAUGACGAGGAUGAUUAGCGCGUUGCAGAAUAUCAAAAAUUAGUAGAAAAAUCCAAUGAUGAUCUUUUGGAUGUGUAAUAAAAACUAUUUUCCUUUUAAACUGAAUGUGAUCAACUCCAAAGAGAGAAGAAUGAAUAUGAGCAAUAAUUAGGGAUUUUGUCAAAAAAAUAUGAUUCCUUAGAAUUAUAACUGUUCUAACAAAAAUAAAGAUUUGCCAAUGCUAUGCAUGCUUUCCUUAGUUAGGGUGAUACAAAUGCAAUUGAAGUGUUGGAAAAGUACAGUGGUGAUUGA